GACUCUUUGGUACCGGAGGUAAUAAUCGAUGGAUCAAGAUGGCAGAAAAUAGAGAGGCGGAACAUGUUUCAACCUCCGAAUCCGAGCAGAGUGAUUUCAUAGAGCCAGAAGUAAGACGCAAGGAUAUCGAGGAACCUUUCAUUAAUGUCGACUACGAGGCACUUGAGGAAUAUGAUAGCCAGCCGAGCGGGGUCAUUCACGAACUAGUUCGACAAAGCUCACAAGACGACACCAAAAACCAAUCGUCCAAUGAUGAGAUAUCAGGCGGAGAAGAGGGACGAUCUGAAGGCGAACAACUUAGUAGUGAUGUUGAAAAGGUGAAAUUGGUACCCCAGGAAAUCCCUGAGGAGGAACUGGAUGAGACACAGACAGCGGAAUGGAGACAAAGGAAGAAGCACAUCUUUAUCUUAAGUGAAUCUGGAAAACCUGUUUACUCAAGAUAUGGAAAUGAAGACAAACUUGUAACUAUAAUGGGACUUUUACAAGCUUUAGUUUCAUUUGUUCACGAUUCAAACAAAGACAAUAUCCGCUGUGUCAUUGCCGGCGAUCAUAAGUUUGUGUUCCUGGUUCGGGAUCACCUGAUCCUGGUGGCGGUGUGCAGCAGUCAGGACUCCCAGCACCAACUUCUGCACCAGCUCUCUUAUCUAUACAACCAGAUCCUCAGUGUUCUGACUCACUCAACGCUGAAUAAGAUAUUUAAACAGAGACGUAAUUACGACCUCCGGAGGCUGCUAAGUGGGGCGGAGAAAUUCCUGGAUAACUUGUUAAAUAUGAUGGAUAGUGAUGCCAGUUUUUUACUGGGAGCUGUAAGGUGUUUACCUCUGGAGUUUCAUGUCAGGGAGCAGAUAGCACAGAGUGUAGUACAACAAGCAAGGGUCAAGGACUUGGUGUUUGCCCUGAUACUGGCAGACAAUCAGCUGGUGACCCUGGUCCGUAUGAAGAAGUACUACCUCCACCCCAUGGAUCUACAUCUCAUCAUUAACCUAGUCAACUCCUCAGAGUCAUUCAAGGCCGCCGAAUCCUGGAUACCAAUAUGUCUUCCCAAGUUUGACUCCAGUGGGUACCUCCAGGCUCACAUAUCCUACCUGGACGAGGGCUGUCAGACCUGUCUCCUCCUGCUGUCUGUGGACAGGGAGUCAUUCUUUACUCUCUCUGAAUGCAAAAACAAAAUCCUGGAGAAAUUAGAAAAAUACAAUGGUCUAAAAGCCAUUAGUGAUUCAGUGGCCAACACCAGUUACAGUAUACGGCAGUGUGGUAUAUCAGAUUUACGUCAUUUCCUGUAUAAGUCACGCUCCACCGCUCAAUUCACCAGUCCCGAGAUCGAGGCUCCGUACCUGAAGCCGGAGGAACAGGAGCGACUGUUUGGUCUGUACCUGUAUCUACACCACAGGAUCCACAUGACUGACCGUCCACUGAAAAUACUGUACCACGUAGGGCAGCAUGAAACACUGCUAGGAUGGUUAACUCAAGGGUUUGAACUCUAUGCAGUAUUUGGACCUCUUGUGACAAAACCUGUUGCCAUAGCAGCCAUUAACAAACUUUUACGGUGGAUCAAGAAAGAGGAGGAACGUUUAUUUAUUUUAAGCUCUGUCACUUUUUGAUAGAAAUUAGUUUAUAGAAAAAAAUGUUUUAGGGUUUUAUAGAUUAAGCAGAAAUAAUGUGUUUAAUAAUGUGCACCUUAAAUUCUCAGUGGCAAUUUUAAAUCAUGUUUUUAAGACUUUGAAUGUUGUAUUUUAUUUUUAGGAAUGUAGUUAAAGGAGUUCUUGACGCAAGGAUGAUAUUUUUUAGCAUUAUGAAAUAUUACGAGUAAAUGCAAAAGUAAUUUAUAUAAGGUGUUUGCUCAAAACAUUCUGGACAUAAUAUUUUCACUUGUUUUAAUAGUGAUAUGCUACAGAGGAUUUGGUAUGGUCUAUUAUUAGGUCUAAAGGAUAAAGUUAUUCAUUUCAUUUCUAAAUAAAUAUCAAUGUUUUAACCAAUACAUUUUCACAGAAUGUAUGACAUUAAUAUUAUUAAUUUUGGUAAAAUUUAUAGUUUUAGUAUAUAUUGAAUGGGAUUGUAUAUAGUUCAAGGUCUUUUCGAAGUACAAGUGAUCAGGUGUUUAAGCAAUACUUUAUAACUGAUUAAUUACCUUAAUGAUCUCAAUCUAAAGGUCAGUAAUUAAUCAAUCUCCGAAUCGGCCUAAAUGAAUAUGCGAAAAUGCUAAUAUGCUGUUUCUUAACUUGCCUGAAAUAGAGGGAGACUAACUUUCCUGAAAUAGAGGGAGACUACCACAUCACUAGAAAAGCUAUCUCACUAGUGAGGCAGUAUAUGAUGUCCACUACAUGUAUAAUACAUAGUAUACUCAUACUUUUGUUUCAACUCACUGAUUUAAGAUUUUGUAACUGAUUAUGAUCAUUCUUUAAAAGACACAUCACUUUAGGUAUAUCACAGUUUUCUUCAUAGUUCUCGAGCUUCAUGUAUAAUACUCUCAGCAUCUGAAACACAUUCCAGGACAAGUUGUAUAAAUGUCUUUUUAUAAAAUUCAUCAUUACACUUUUUUCAAAUCCUCAGUUGAUUUUGUUGAACAUAAUAUAUUUAUUAGCCAAAUAGCUGAUUUACUGUGAUAAUAAUCAUUGAAUUGUAUAGAAUGUUAUAAUAUGCAUAUUGGAAAGCCUAGUUUUAAAAGAGGAACUUUGGGAAUAAGGCAUUGAACAUGUUACUGCAAGACUAUGCUGUUUAAUGUUAAUGUCAUGAACUUUUGCUUUUUUUGAGUCAAGAAUACCUGUUUCUGAAUUAAUAUAUUAUAUAUGUUUGUGUAGAAGAAAGAAAAUAAGAUUUUACAAAGAAUUUCAUUAUAACGUGACCGUUUUUUUUUAGUCAUAUUAAGUGUUAGAAAUUUCUUAUAAAAAAGAUACACAAACAGGGUGUACAAAAGACCUACAGCUUCAAAUGUAUAGAAGUUGACUUAAUCAAUUUGUGAAAUAAGUAUUGAGAUUGAAGUUCUAAUUAUUAAAAGUCAGAUGAAUAGUCUUAAAUAUUUUAUGUAUUAAAAUUCUCCAAACUUAAGAUCAAGAUCUGGCAAAUGAGUUAAGACUCAUUUGCAAGACUGUCUUUUUGUUGCUAGAUCCAUUAUUACAGCUUAAAAUAUGCUCUUUUUCAGGUAAAAAUGACAUACAAUUGUUAGGAAAAAAGAAAAGUUAUACUUAUAAUAGUUUAUU